AUGAGGAGAGAAGGACGUGGACGUGGGAGAGGAGAGGAGGAGGAGGAGGAGGAGGAGGAGGAGGAGGAGGAGGAGGAGGAGGAGGAGGAGGAGGAGGAGGAGGAGGAGGAGGAGGAGGAGGAGGAGGAGGAGGAGGAGGAGGAGGAGGAGGAGGAGGAGGAGGAGGAGGAGGAGGAGGAGGAGAGAGGAGGAGAGGAGGAGGAGAGGAGGAGGAGAGGAGGAGGAGGAGGAGGAGGAGGAGGAGGAGGAGGAGGAGGAGGAGGAGGAGGAGGAGGAGGAGGAGGAGGAGGAGGAGGAGGAGGAGGAGGAGGAGGAGGAGGAGGAGAAAGAAGAGGAGAAAGAGGAUAUAGAGGAGGAAACAGAAGAGGAGAAAGAGGAGGAGAGAGAAGAGAAAGAGGAAAUAGAGGAGGAAGCAGAAGAGGAGAAAGAGGAGAAAGAGGAGGAGAAAGAGGCGGAGAACGAGGAGGAGAAAGAGGAGGAGAAAGAGAAAGAGGAGGAGAACGAGGAGGAGGAGAAAGAGAAAAAGGAGAAAGAGGAGGAGAAAGAGGUGGUGGAGGAAGAGAGAUAGGGGAGAAUUGA